AGUUAGAAUGAUACACAUCCGUAUUUUCCUUGACGGACGCUCCAUUACUGUAACUUUAACGCCGAUUUUAUUCAAGGUCGACCAAACAACAAAUUAAACGUUGGAAUUGAGAACACGUGGAGAAAUGAAAUCAGAAUGUAGCUUACAUCCAUUCUCCAUAUGGAUGUAAUAAUUAACAGGAUCAAAGUCGGAAUGCUUAAAUGGACUAACGCAGUGUUCAAAUUUAAUCAAGGAGCUGAAUUGAUCUCGGAUCUCCCAAAGCUAGACAAAGAAAUAGUAAACAACAACCUCCAGACAGAUGGUACAAUGCAUGGCCUUCAUUCAUCAUCACCUAAUCCUCCGACCAUCACUACAGAUACAAGCGUGUCUGAUGAAUCUGUCAGGAACAGUUUUGCCUACCAACCAUCAGAAGAAAGAGUUAUUAGAAACAGUCAGACUUGCACAGAAACUCUUUUAACAUUCAGAAGGAGGCGACAACCUGAUGAUACAAUACAAGUACUAAGCUGUUUGUACGCCAAGCUUUUGGUAAUGGUUACUUUAGUAUUGGUGCUUACAGAAGUUUUGGACAAUGAUGUAAACUUACAUUUUUUUCACGGCUAUAUUUUCACCUACUUGUUAGGCGGUGCUGUGAUCUGCUUAUUGUAUAUAUACAUCGCCAUGAUGUUAAACAAACAUCCUGGGUUGACUGGUUCUGCCUCAUCAGCUAUAGAGGGCACUGUUGACCCUGAGACGAUUGUAAUGAGACGGAGGAUUUCCUAUUAUUCAUCAGAUAUAAGUAUUUAUCUACGAGUAGGGUCCUUAGUAUUUGGUUUUGGAACCCUCAUUUUACUUGGUUUGGAAAUCACCACUCAUUUUACUCAGGAUGCUUCUUGUGUAGACAAGCUCAGCAUGACUCAACCAAUUCUCCAGGCUCUUUUUACCCUUCUACAAAUGGUGUUCCUCUUUCUCAAUGCACAG